AUGGAAAACAGCGUAUUACAAUUUAGAAUUAUCUCAUUGAAAGAUUCUGCUAAAAAAAAUUUGGAUAAUACAUUAUUUUACAUUAAAAAAUUUGUAGAAUCACCAACACAAUAUGGUGAUACAAUCAAACUUGAACCAAGUUUGGUAAAAACACCAAUUGUUAUUUCUGUAAAUGAAAUAUUCGAUUGGAAUAAAAAUGAUGGAAAUUAUUGUCAAAUUAUUUGUUUAACACCAACAUCAAAAAUUAUAGCAGACAUUGUUUUAUGGUUUGAUUCUUUAUUAGAUAUUAUGAAUAAUACUAAACGUAACGAAAAAGUUCAAUCAGAAUUACCUUGUAGUAUGACUCUUAAAGAAGAAUAUGAUCUUCAAUUUAGUCUUCAAUUGAUUGGAAAUUUAAAGCCUUUAAUUUCUUCUUCUACUGUUCCAAAAAAACUUGAUCGUCAUAAAAAGAAAUUAAGUCGACAACAAACUCAAGGUCAUUUAAUGGAAUUAAAACAGUUUAAUCAACCAGUUCGUUGUGCUGUAUGUGAUGAACUUAUUGGGGGUUACCAUCAUCAGGGUUUUGAAUGUUUACAAUGUUCUCUUGCAACGCAUAAAAAAUGUCAUCCUAAUAUUCGAUUUCAAUGUCAAAAGUCAUUAGGUUCAGUGAAUUCUUGCUUAAGCAUUAAUCAUCCGCAUACAUUCAAAGAAUAUGAAAUAGCAUUUGUUCGAGCUUUAGUUUCUCGAAAUUGUGGUAAUUGUAAACAUUGUGGUACACAAAUAUAUCGAAAUGCUCUCAAAUGUACACAAUGUUCUGCUAUAAUUCAUGAACGUUGCCAGUCCAAGAUUUCACCAAUAUGUUCAAUUUCAAAUGACUCACCAACAGAAACAAUUUUGAAAUAUUCAAAUAUAGUUGGUGCACGAUUUCAUGGUGCAAAAAUUAAAAAAGAAAAAAAUCGACAUUCAGAAUCAUCAUCAUUUGAUUUAUCUUGGCUUGAUCCAUUACCAGAACUUUCCAUAGAAAAUUCCCAAGGAAUAUCUUUACCAAAAUUUCAUGAUUUUAAAUAUAUUGGUCGUCUUGGUAAUGGUGCCUGUGCUCAAGUCUAUUGUAUUCAACAUAUUUUAUCAGAACAAUAUUUUGCUAUUAAAGUAGCUGAUGGAACAGAUAUAGAAGCACGACAACAAUUAGAAGUUGAAAAAUACAUUUUAUUUCGUUAUAGUCAUGGAAAUCCUUAUAUGAUUAAAGUUUAUUGUGCAUUUCAUCAAGGAAAUAAAUUAUUUCUUGUUAUGGAACUUGUUCAAGGUGGAACUUUAUGUCAUAAAAUUCAAACAACACGAAUGAAUGAAGAUGAAAUAAGAUAUUAUUUAGCGCAAAUUAUUUGUGUUAUACAAUAUUUACAUUCAAAUAAUAUUGUUUAUCGAGAUUUAAAACUUGAACAUGCAAUUGUUUGUUCAACAGGUUCUAUACGUCUUAUUGAUUAUGGACUUGCACGAAUAUUAAAAGCUUCUGAUGAAACUUGUCAUACUUUCUGUGGUACUUAUAGUUACAUGGCUCCUGAAGUUCGAUGUUUAGAGAAAAGUUCAUCAGAUAAAGGUUAUAGUUUUGCAGUGGAUUUUUGGGCACUUGGAAUUAUGUUUGUACAAAUGUUAUGUGGUGAAAAAAUCGAUUUUGAUGAUAUAUUUGCAAAUAAUAAUGAAAAUACAACUGAACCAAUAAAAAUAACACAAUAUUUAGAAUUACCUCGUUAUAUAAGUCUUGAAGCUCAUUCAUGUGUUAUUGGCUUACUUGAAAAUGAUCCUGAAAAACGUUUAGGUUCACCUAAUUCACCGCAUGGUUCAAUACGUGAUCAUCCAUUUUUUAAAGCUGGUCAUCGAAUUAAUUGGUCAGAAAUUGAUGAAGGUGUGUUUAAACCUUGUCAUAAAAAUUCAGAGAAUAUACGUGUUAUGUCUGAUACAUCGUGUCAUCAAUCACUUCCAACUUUACAAUUAGAUAGAGGAGGUCAUGCUAAAGAUGAUUGGAUAGCUGCUGGAAAAUCAACGUGUACAUCAGAUGAAAAUGAACGAUUGAAAUCAUUUAAUUAUAUUAACUCAUCAUCUUGCCUUGAAUUUACUCAAUCGGAUUUUUUAUGA